AUGGAUAGGUUGAAAACUGUGAGUAAUGGAGCUUGGGAAUACAUGAGUAAGUUUGAUCCUAAGGUAUGGUGUAGGGCAUUUUUCAGUCACUAUCCUAAGAACGUUGUUGUGACAAACAACAUGUGUGAGUCUUGGAAUGCAGUCAUUGUGGAGGCUAGGGAGAAACCAAUCCUGACACUGUGUGAGGAGCUACGGGUUCAUGUUAUGAACAAAAUGGCUAGACACAAGAGGAUCUUAGGGGCAUAUAAAGGAAAGCUGGCUCCAGUACAACAAAUGAAAUUGGACAAAUGGAUUAAGCCAGAAAGUCACAAGUGGAAUGCUCAAAGGUGUGGUGACAAUGACAGGAUUGUGUUUGAGGUAUCCAGGAAUACACAAAAACUGGAGGUUAACCUGAAAAAUCAAACCUGCACAUGUGUACCUUGUGUUCAUGCUGUUGCAGCUAUAUCUAGAGUGAGAGUAAAAGCAGCUGAAGACUUUGUGUCUCCAUUUCUCACUAUGGAGGCAAUAAGGAAGACAUAUGACAUCUGUAUCAACCCUGUACCCAGUGAGAAAUUUUGGGAACCCACUGAACAACUGAAGGCAGAUCCACAAAAAAUUGUGAGACCUGUUGGUAGACCAAUUAAGAGGAGAAAGAAAUCAGCUACCCCUCCAGCUCCAACUGAUGGCAGCAAGGUUAGAAGGACCUUCCAGGUUACCUGUAUCAAAUGCGGAGAGGCUGGCCACUACUUCAAAACAUGUAAGGGAGCACCUAAAAACCCUAACUGGCAACCAAAAAGGAGGAGAACUAACAAGGGUGGUACUUCUGGCCAAGCUCAGAACAAACCCAUGCAUCAGAGGCCGAACCCUACUUUAGAGGAAAUUAGGGCUAAGCUAAAGAAGCAUGAGAAAAAAAAUGCCUAA